AUGGUGUGCAUCAACGACCCGACCAUCUUGGAGAAGGUGGUGCGAGAGGAGGGCAAAUAUCCACUUCGAAAUGAGCUCGACCUGUGGAGGACCCACCGAGAAAUGCGCAGUCUGGCCUAUGGACCGUUCACUGAGCAAGGACACAAAUGGCACGCCCUGCGCACCGUCCUGAACAAGAGGAUGCUGAAACCGUCCGAAGCCAAGAGCUACGCCGGGAGCAUCAACAACAUUGUUUCGGAUCUCAUGGUCAGACUGCAGGACUUGCGCAAAGAGAGCCCCACCGGCGACAUGGUCAAGGACUUGGCGAAUGAGUUAUAUCGCUUCACUUUUGAAGGGGUCGCCUAUAUCGUGUUUGAGACUCGGACUGGCUGUCUGAAUAAAGAGGUCCCCCCAGAGACACAGAGGUUUAUCAAUACAAUCGCUGAGCUGCUGAGGAAUUCCGUCUACGUCACAUACCUCCCUGAAUGGACCAGAGGAAUCCUACCCUACUGGAAAAAGUACAUCGAUGGCUGGGACAGAAUCUUUGCUUUUGGGAAGAAGUUGAUUGAUAAGAAGAUGAGUGAGAUCCAGGAAAGGCUGGAGAGAGGAGAGGAGGUGCAGGGGGAGUACCUGACCUACCUGUUGUCCAGCGGAAAGCUGACCAUGCCCGAGGUGUACGGCAGUGUGUGCGAGCUGCUGCUGGCCGGCGUGGACACCACAUCCAACACACUAACCUGGUCUCUCUAUCAUCUGGCAAAAGACCCGGAGCUCCAAGAGGCCCUGUACCAGGAGUCCAUCAAGGUUGUUCCUUUAGGUCAAAUACCCACCGCAGACGACAUCACCAACAUGCCCCUUAUGAGGGCAGUUAUCAGAGAGACCCUGCGGAUGUAUCCUGUAGUUCCAACCAACGCAAGACUUAUCGCUGACAAAGAGAUGGUCAUUGGCGAUUACAAAUUCCCCAAGAGGACUCUCUUUGUCUUAAAUCAUUACGCCAUCUCCAGGGAUGAAGUCCACUUCCCGAAUCCAGGGAAGUUUCUUCCUCAGCGGUGGCUGCGGGAAGAAGGGAUGACCCACCACCCGUUCAGUUCCAUUCCUUUUGGCUAUGGGGUGCGAGGCUGUGCUGGCAAGAGGAUCGCCGAGCUGGAGAUGCAUCUGGCACUUUCACGGAUUAUCCAGAUGUUUGAGGUUAAACCGGAUCCCAAACUCGGAGAAGUCAGAUCACUCGCACGUAUCGUCCUAUCGGCAAGCCGACCCAUAAACCUGAGGUUCCUAGAGAGGAAAUCUGCUUAA